AUGGUGAGAUGUUUUGUCCGAAGCCGGGGUUGCAGUAGUGAGAGCCGAAGCUUGUGUAAGGGUCCUGACAGUGUCCCGCGCCCGGCUAGCAUGGCUCAGCACGGCUCAGCGUGGGAAACCAUCUCAAGCCCCGCGCACCACCAAUGGCCAGUGUACUGGAAGCUCCUGCGGCCAAUGCGCCGGCAAAAUUGGGGCACGUUGCCCCGCUGCAAGGCUUCGAAUGACGAUAUUGAUUUUCCGCCAAUGGGAGGCACGGCGCCGGACAACAGCGGCAGAGUCAAAGGAACUGCAGGCGGGGCUGUAUUCAGAGGAGUCGGGUUAAUGCCAACCGGGGCUUCGAAGCCACAUGUGGUUGAUGACCUUAUUUAG